UCUGAUUUUCCCAUGCUCAAAUUCAACCCAAAUUUCCUGUUUAGGCGAUUCUUCCACACUUACCUUCAACCUUCCACGACUUCUCAACUAACCAACUACAUAAAUCUUCGUCUGGAUUCCUUUCUCUCUCAUCACUCCUUACCCUUGAAAUUUCUCCUCCCAUUUCACUCAAUCAUCAUUGUUUCUGGGAAUUACAACAAUGUGUUCAUCGCAUCAAAACUCAUUUCUCGCUAUGCUUCUCUUUCCAAACCCGAUUUAUCCUCCAAAGUCUUUGAUUCAGUUCGUUGUAAAGACCCUUUUCUCUGGAAUUCAAUCAUCAAAUCGCAUUUUUCCUGUGGGAAUUAUGAAAAAGCGCUUGGAUUUUUUCUGGGUAUGCGAUUUUCUGACACCCCACUUAAUAAUUUUACAAUUCCAAUGGUUGUUAGUGUUUGUGCUGAGUUAUUUGCGUUAGAUUAUGGGGUUAUGAUUCAUGGGUUGGUUGUGAAAUAUGGUGUUUUUGGUGGGAAUUCUGCUGUUGGGUCUUCGUUUGUGUAUUUUUACUCAAAAUGUGGUUAUAUGAAAGAUGCAUAUAAAGUGUUCGAUGAAAUGCCUGUCAGAGAUGUUGUUGCUUGGACUGCGCUUAUAGUUGGUUAUUUACAGAAUGGUGAGAGUCACAAGGGUUUGGAGUGUCUUUGUAUGAUGCAUAAUGUAGUUGAGGAUUGUGUAAAGCCUAAUUAUAGAACCCUUGGAGGAGGGUUUCAAGCAUGUGGAAACAUAGGGGCUUUAACAGAAGGGAAAUGCUUGCACGCGUUAGCGAUAAAGAUUGGAUAUGGGUUAUGCCAUGAUGUUCAAUCAUCGCUUUUGUCCAUGUAUUCGAAAUGGGGAACCAUUGGAGAAUCUUGCCAUUUGUUUUAUGAAAUUAAAGAUAAGGAUCUUAUCUGUUGGACAUCGAUUAUUGCUGCUUAUUCUAGACUGGAGUGUGUAACUGAAUGCUUAGGCUUCUUUUGGCAAAUGCUAGGUAGUGGAAUAUAUCCGGAUGAAAUUGUUAUCAGCUGUGUGCUUUCAUCAUUAGGUGAUUCGAGUUGGGUCAGUGAAGGGAUGGCAUUUCAUGGACUGAUAAUGAAGAGAAAUUAUGUAAGGGGUCAAGUUGUCCACAGGGCAUUAAUAUCAAUGUACUGUAGAUUUGGAAUGUUUGACAGUGCAGAACAAAUCUUUGAUACACUACGUCAAAAGAAUCCAGAGACUUGGAACUUGAUGGUGUUUGAGUAUGGGAAAGGAGGCCUUUGGAAAAAUUGUGUGAAUCUUUUCCAAGAAAUGAUACAUCAAAGGUUUGAAUGUGAUUCCAAUAGUCUAAUCUCUGUUAUUUCUUCGUGUUUACAGUUGGGAACAAUUCAUCUUGGAAAAUCUAUACAUUGCUAUGUCAUUAAAUCUCUGCUUGAUGAUGAUGUUUCAGUUUCCAAUUCACUUAUAGAUAUGUAUGGAAAAUGUGGCAAGUUAACCAUUGCAAAAACCAUCUUUGGAAGGAUGCAAAGGGAUAUCGUAACAUGGAAUACAUUGAUUUAUGCCUGUGCUUUCAAGGGAGAGUUGGCUCAGGCAUUAGCACUAUUUGACCAGAUGAUGUUUGAAGGAUCAAAUCCAAGCACAGCUACUUUAGUCACUGUGCUGUCGGCUUGCUCACGUUUAGCAUCUUUAGAGAAGGGAAUGAAGAUUCACAACUACAUCAGAGAAAUGGGUGUUGAGUUAAAUAUCUCACUUGCAACAGCAUUAGUUGACAUGUAUGGGAAAUGUGGGCAGCUUGGGAAGGCUAGAGAUCUUUUCAAUUCCAUGAAUGAUAAAGAUGCUAUUGCUUGGAAUGUGAUGAUAUCUUGUUAUGGCAUUUAUGGAGAUGCUAGAUCUGCAAUCGAGGUCUUCAAACAGAUGGAAAAAUCCAGUGUUAGACCAAAUGAAUUGACCUUUCUUGGUGUUUUGUUGGCUUGCAGUCAUGCAGGGUUUACUGAAGAGGGAAGAUAUUACUUCCGUAAAAUGCAUGAUUACUUUGUGAUACCAACUUUAAAGCACUAUGCUUGUAUAGUAGAUCUUCUCGGGAAGUCAGGAAAUCUGAAGGAGGCUGAAGAUAUAGUUAUGUCGAUGCCUAUUACACCAGAUGGCGGUCUUUGGGGGACCUUGUUAAGUGCUUGUAAAAUUCACAAUGAAGUAGAGAUUGGAUUAAGGAUUGUUAAGCAUGCUAUCAAGGCUGAUCCUGAAAAUGAUGGAUAUUAUAUAACUAUGUCAAAUUUAUUGGAUUCCAAUGGAAAAUGGGAGGAGGCGGAGAUGUAUAGGCAACUGAUGAAGAAUAAGGGAGUGAGCAAAAGACUUGGUUGGAGCUCAUCGUGAUCACUGGAGUAAUCAGUCUAUUAUGUGCAUUUGAGGUAUCUGCAAACUGCGAAGAGGCCAAACACCAAAGAGUUGUCAUGGAAUGAUCUGCUUGUGCCUUUGCUGGAGCUCUUUCAUGCAAAAUGGCCGAUGUUUACAGGCUUGUGAUUGAUGGCUAAUCAAGCAUUGCUGUGAAGACAGAAUAUAAAGCACUUCAAAUUCUGAAAGCAAUAUUUUAAGUCAUUGUUGUGAAUGCGCAGUUUCUAGUUUCUGCUCCCUAGUCAUCCCAACCCAUCAAGAAAAGCUGUUCAACUUCAGACUUCCUGGUUGGGAAAAGAUUCAAACUAGUGAUAUCUAUGUCGCUUCAUGGUUUGCACAAAUUGCACCAAUGGGCUGAAUAAGUCUCAUAAUUUAUUAACUAGGACAUAAUUUCAGAAAUAAAUAUUUAGCAUUUAUGAGUAAAUUAGAAUAAAGCAGUCUCCUGCAUGGCAAAUCAAUUUGCAACAAAAUCAUGUUUAAAGCAAAAAAGGACAUCUGCGUAUGAUGGGCAUGAAAAUUGAGAUCAUGCAACAUUCAACAAAGACAGAUUUCUGCUUCGGGUUACAAGAAAGUCGAGAAUGACAAAGAGGGAGUUGUUCAGCAGUGGCAAAACCAAUUGGUAUGUGAUUACGUACGAGUAACUUUGAUACAUCACAGCGGUGUUGAGCAAUCACAUAGUCAUGUUAACUAUUUUUCAUCUGUACUCGUAUGUAUUGUGUUUUGAUAUCAUAAGGUGUGUGAACUGUGAAGUCAUGAGGCCUAAGGUUUCAACAAAGGUGAUAACUCAAAUGUACUGCACAAAACUGAAAAUUUCUCAUUUAUAUCUCCUGUACUUUUAUACAACAGCAAAACGAAAUUUAAGAAACAAUAGUCAUGAACUAAUAAGAGGUGUUUGAAUGAUCCGCUGCAAAAGAUACUGCAAAUAUCAAAGUCAUAACAUGCCGAAAAUUACUAUAAAAAAAA